UUGCGAAUAAAGGAACAGCAAGCCACGUGGUAAAAACUUGGUUUCUCUUUCAGCACCACCGACAGAUCGCGACCGUCGAAUGGCGAGGUUUUCAAACAGUCAAAAGGGUAAAAUAUUCCAACGGUCGAAUCGUAUUCAUUCCCAUUUCAAUGUACCUCUCUGUGUAACGCUGUCUGCUUGUGAGAGAGAGCGUAUGAAAGAUGAGGCAGAAGAAAAAGGCAGGAUCAGAAAUCCCAGAAACCCUAACGGCGAUGGCAGCAGUAGAAGAAGAAGGAGAAGGUCGAUUCUUUGCUUGCUAUCUGUUGAGCUCUCGCAGCCCUCGCUACAAAGGCCACACUUAUAUUGGAUUCACUGUGAAUCCGCGGCGGCGAAUAAGGCAGCACAACGGAGAAAUAUCGCAAGGAGCUUGGAGAACGAAGCGAAAGCGGCCUUGGGAGAUGGUUUUGUGCAUCUAUGGUUUCCCAACAAACGUUUCUGCUCUCCAGUUUGAAUGGGCCUGGCAGAAUCCAACUGUAUCAAAGGCAGUUAGGCAGGCUGCUGCAAGCUUUAAAACCCUUGGAGGACUUGUCAGCAAGAUCAAGCUUGCAUACACAAUGCUCACUCUUCCGCCUUGGCACAGCUUGAACCUCACUGUGAACUUCUUUUCAAGCCAGUACAUCAAGCAUUCUACUGGCUGUCCACACCUGCCGGAGCAGAUGAAGGUCAAAGUUUGUUCCAUGGAUGAUCUUCCUUCCUCAACCAAACUAUCUGAUGACAUUUUCGAAAAUGAAGAUGAUUGGUGCAAUGAAAGGGAAUGUGACGAAGAUAUGUGUACCAGUAGUUCACCACAGGAAGACACAUUAUCAGACAUCAUGGUUCAUAAUUCACCAGGCGAUCAGCAAAAUGAUAUCGGCAAUAAAGUUGGAAAUUAUGAGUGCUACAAUGAAAAAGAAUGCGAUGAAUUCUUGAAUGAUAGCACACUACAGGAAGAAACAUUAUCAGAUUUUAUAGUUCAUAAUUCAGAAGACGAUCAGCAGGAUGAUCCAGGAAAGACAAUUAACGACGUAUAUGGAGACAGUCAAGAAGUAAGAGAAGAUUUCACAGAGCAGUUUGGUUUUAUAACAUCACCGGUGAGAAUUCCAUCUUCGAAUGUGGCUGCCAGUACCACAUCUUCUGAUGACUGUAGCGUUGAAUUGAGGCAUCCUGUAAGGGAACAAUUGACAACUACAGUUACAGACGAUGAUCAGUCACCGGGCAAAAGCUAUCUCAGGCCUUGUGGAGGCGAGAUAAUAGAUUUGACAACUCCAGCUCCCCAAUGCAGAGGCGGUUUAUGCGGGAAAAAGAGCAGAGUUACUAGUGCUUAUCCUCAGAUUAUUGACUUGACUAUGUCUCCAAAUUUCAUCCAGUUGUAGUGAUUGUUGAUCUUGUGGUUUGGUUGAAUAAUUUAGAGAAAUUAUUGUCAUCUUUGCCUGAUGGCAUAUUAUUGUAAUACUUCUGUUCUUACAGUUCUUACUGGAAUAAAAAUCUUCUUUUUACCGA